CAGUCUGGACCCUGGACCUUCAUCACCUGCCUCCCUGUUCUUGGGUCCGUUUCUCUCCUCUGCCUAGGAAUGGCAGGCCGAGUCAUGGAUGGUCGUCCCGUGCUACUCGUCAUGUGCACGGGCUCGGUGACCCCUGUCGUACCUCUCCCUGCUUGCAGGGCCUCGGUUUGGGUAGGCGGCCCUCUGCCCACCUCUGGGCUUCUGGCGGUUAAGUCAUCCCCCUGGAGGUGGAGCAUGGGAUGUCCCAGCACGGGCUGGGUGCACAGAGAGCUCAUGAGAUGGUACCUGUGUACUUGGGUGCCGUACCCACACGCACGCACCCUCUCCUGCCCGUUCUCCUUCGCAGGGCUGAGGCUCCCGGCCCCGUGAUACACGCCUCUGCAGGACCCGAGCGCCUCGGACUGAGGCCCCGGCCCGCCAUGCCACUGCCACGUCUGAGCCUGCUGGCGCUCCCGCUGCUGCUGCUGCUAGGGGGUGUGCGGGGGGCCGCAGGGGCACCCAGGGUGGGCGGGGGCCUGCAGCCUGCCUUCCGCACCUUCUCAGCCAGCGACUGGGGCCUGACCCACCUGGUGGUCCACGAGCAGACCGGUGACGUGUACGUGGGCGCGGUGAACCGCAUCUACAAGCUGUCGGGGAACCUGACGCUGCUGCGGGCCCACGUGACGGGGCCCGUGGAGGACAACGAGAAGUGCUACCCGCCCCCCAGCGUGCAGUCUUGCCCGCACGGCCUGGGCAGCACCGACAACGUCAACAAGCUGCUGCUCCUGGACUACGCCGCCAACCGCCUGCUGGCCUGCGGCAGUGCCUCCCAGGGCAUCUGCCAGUUCCUGCGGCUGGACGACCUCUUCAAGCUGGGCGAGCCGCACCACCGCAAGGAGCACUACCUGUCCAGCGUGCGUGAGGCGGGCAGCAUGGCCGGCGUGCUGAUCGCCGGGCCGCCGGGCCAGGGCCGGGCCAAGCUGUUCGUGGGCACGCCCAUCGACGGCAAGUCCGAGUACUUCCCCACGCUGUCCAGCCGCCGGCUCAUGGCCAACGAGGAGGACGCCGACAUGUUCGGCUUCGUGUACCAGGACGAGUUCGUGUCGUCGCAGCUCAAGAUCCCCUCGGACACGCUGUCCAAGUUCCCGGCCUUCGACAUCUACUACGUGUACAGCUUCCGCAGCGAGCAGUUUGUCUACUACCUCACCCUGCAGCUGGACACGCAGCUGACCUCGCCUGACGCCGCCGGAGAGCACUUCUUCACUUCCAAGAUCGUGCGGCUGUGCGUGGAUGACCCCAAGUUCUACUCCUACGUCGAGUUCCCCAUCGGCUGCGAGCAGGCGGGCGUGGAGUACCGCCUGGUGCAGGACGCCUACCUGAGCCGGCCCGGCCGCGCCCUGGCCCGCCAGCUGGGCCUGGCCAAGGACGAGGACGUGCUGUUCACCGUGUUCGCGCAGGGCCAGAAGAACCGCGUGAAGCCCCCCAAGGAGUCCGUGCUGUGCCUGUUCACGCUCAGGGCCAUCAAGGAGAAGAUCAAGGAGCGCAUCCAGUCCUGCUACCGCGGCGAGGGCAAGCUCUCGCUACCCUGGCUGCUCAACAAGGAGCUGGGCUGCAUCAACUCGCCACUGCAGAUCGACGACGAUUUCUGUGGGCAAGACUUCAACCAGCCUCUGGGGGGCACAGUCACGAUUGAGGGCACUCCCCUGUUCGUGGACAAGGACGACGGCCUGACUGCCGUGGCUGCCUACGACUACCGGGGCCGCACCGUGGUGUUCGCUGGCACGCGCAGCGGCCGCAUUCGCAAGAUCCUGGUGGACCUGGCGAACCCUGGUGGCCGGCCAGCCCUGGCGUAUGAGAGUGUGGUGGCCCAAGAAAGCAGCCCCAUCCUGCGUGACCUGGUCCUCAGCCCUGACCGCCAGUAUCUCUAUGCUAUGACAGAAAAGCAGGUGACUCGGGUGCCUGUGGAGAGCUGUGUGCAGUAUACGUCAUGCGAGCUGUGCCUGGGCUCACGGGACCCCCAUUGCGGCUGGUGUGUCCUGCAUAGCAUCUGCUCCCGGCAGGACGCCUGUGAGCGGGCUGACGAGCCCCAGCACUUCACCUCGGACCUGCUGCAGUGCGUGCAGCUGACAGUGCAGCCUCGCAACGUGUCGGUCACCAUGUCUCAGGUUCCGCUUGUGCUGCAGGCCUGGAACGUGCCUGACCUCUCUGCUGGCGUCAACUGCUCCUUCGAGGAUUUCACCGAGUCCGAGAGCAUCCUGGAGGAUGGUCGGAUCCACUGCCACUCGCCCUCCGCGAGGGAGGUGGCACCCAUCACGCAAGGCCAGGGAGACCAGCGGGUGGUCAAGCUUUACCUGAAGUCCAAGGAGACGGGCAAGAAGUUUGCGUCCGUGGACUUCGUCUUCUACAACUGCAGCGUCCACCAGUCCUGCCUAUCCUGUGUCAAUGGCUCCUUCCCCUGCCACUGGUGCAAAUACCGCCACGUGUGCACACACAACGCCGCCGACUGUGCCUUUAUAGAGGGCCGUGUCAAUGUGUCUGAGGACUGUCCGCAGAUCCUGCCCUCCACCCAGAUCUACGUGCCGGUGGGCGUGGUGAAGCCCAUCACGCUGGCCGCUCGCAACCUGCCGCAGCCACAGUCGGGCCAGCGUGGGUACGAGUGCCUCUUCCAUAUCCCGGGGAGCCCGGCGCGCGUCACUGCCCUGCGCUUCAACAGCUCCAGCCUACAGUGCCAGAACUCCUCGUACUCCUAUGAGGGCAGUGAUGUCAGUGACCUGCCCGUGAACCUGUCGGUGGUGUGGAACGGCAACUUUGUCAUCGACAACCCUCAGAACAUCCAGGCCCACCUGUACAAGUGCCCUGCCCUGCGGGAGAGCUGUGGCCUGUGCCUCAAGGCCGACCCGCGCUUCGAGUGCGGCUGGUGUGUGGCCGAGCGCCGCUGCUCCCUGCGCCCCCACUGCCCCGCCGACUCCCCGGCCGCCUGGAUGCAUGCCCGCCACGGCAGCAGCCGCUGCACCGACCCCAAGAUCCUUAAGCUGUUCCCCGAGACAGGCCCGCGGCAGGGAGGCACGCGGCUCACCAUCACGGGCGAGAACCUGGGCCUGCGCUUUGAGGACGUGCGGCUGGGCGUGCGUGUGGGCAAGGUGCUGUGCAGCCCCGUGGAGAGCGAGUACAUCAGUGCCGAGCAGAUCGUCUGUGAGAUUGGGGACGCCAGCACAGUGCGAGCUCACGAUGCCCUGGUGGAGGUGUGCGUGCGAGACUGUUCCCCCCACUACCGGGCCUUGUCACCCAAGCGCUUCACCUUCGUGACUCCAACCUUCUACCGGGUGAGCCCUGCGCGAGGGCCUCUUUCGGGGGGCACCUGGAUUGGCAUCGAGGGCAGCCACCUGAAUGCGGGCAGUGAUGUGGCUGUGUCUGUUGGUGGCCGGCCCUGCUCCUUCUCCUGGAGGACUUCCAGAGAGAUCCGGUGUCUGACUCCCCCUGGGCAGAGCCCUGGCAGCGCCCCCAUCGUCAUCAAUAUCAACCGUGCUCAGCUUACCAACCCAGAGGUGAAGUACAACUACACAGAGGACCCUACCAUCCUGAAGAUUGACCCCGAGUGGAGCAUCAACAGCGGAGGGACCCUCCUAACGGUCACGGGCACCAACCUGGCCACUGUCCGUGAACCCCGCAUCAGGGCCAAGUAUGGAGGCGUUGAGAGGGAGAACAGCUGCCUGGUGUACAACGACACCACCAUGGUGUGCCGGGCCCCGUCGGUGGACAACCCUACGCGCAGCCCGCCGGAGCUGGGGGAGCGGCCGGACGAGCUGGGCUUUGUCAUGGACGACGUGCGUGCCCUGCUGGUCCUCAACACCUCCUCUUUCCUCUAUUACCCGGACCCUGUGCUGGAGCCGCUGAGUCCCACUGGCCUCCUGGAGCUGAAACCCAGCUCCCCGCUCAUCCUCAAGGUGAUGGAAGGAGGGGCGGUCCUCUGCCUUCAGGGCUGGGUCCCAGCUGGGUGGGCCUCUGAUAUCCAGCCCAUCACCGUCGGACACAGUGCUGUGCGGCACAUCGUGCCUCGGGCCGUGAGACCUCUUUAUCGUCUUGCACCGUCUCCAUGGGGCUCUGGAACCAAGGUUCUGCUUGCCUCUCUCGUUGUGGGAAGCGUGCACAGAGCUGCACCGGAAGCGGGGGGCGGAGGUGGAGCGGAAGCCCCUGGGUGUCCUGGACACAGCCUGAUGCCCACCUGCCUGCUGCAGGAGUGCGCGGGGGAGCCCCUCUUCAUGCUCUACUGCGCCAUCAAACAGCAGAUGGAGAAGGGCCCCAUCGACGCCAUCACGGGCGAGGCCCGUUACUCCCUGAGUGAGGACAAGCUCAUCCGGCAGCAGAUCGACUAUAAGACACUGACCCUGAACUGUGUGAACCCCGAGAACGAGAACGCACCCGAGGUGCCAGUGAAGGGACUGAACUGUGACACGGUGACACAGGUUAAGGAGAAGCUGCUGGAUGCCGUGUACAAGGGCGUGCCCUACUCCCAGCGGCCGAAGGCUGGGGACAUGGACCUGGAGUGGCGCCAGGGACGCAUGGCGCGCAUCAUUCUGCAGGAUGAGGACGUUACCACCAAGAUCGACAAUGACUGGAAAAGGCUGAACACACUGGCUCACUAUCAGGUGACGGACGGGUCCUCAGUGGCCCUGGUGCCCAAGCAGACGUCCGCCUACAACAUCUCCAACUCGUCCACCUUCACCAAGUCUCUCAGCAGAUACGAGAGCAUGCUGCGUACCGCCAGCAGCCCCGACAGCCUGCGCUCGCGCACCCCCAUGAUCACGCCCGACCUGGAGAGUGGCACCAAGCUGUGGCACCUGGUGAAGAAUCACGACCACCUGGACCAGCGGGAGGGCGACCGAGGCAGCAAGAUGGUCUCAGAGAUCUACCUGACACGGCUGCUGGCCACCAAAGGCACGCUGCAGAAGUUUGUGGACGAUCUGUUCGAGACCAUCUUCAGCACGGCGCACCGGGGCUCCGCCCUGCCUCUGGCCAUCAAGUACAUGUUCGACUUCCUGGACGAGCAAGCCGACCAGCACCAGAUACACGACUCAGACGUGCGCCACACCUGGAAGAGCAACUGCCUGCCCCUGCGCUUCUGGGUGAACGUGAUCAAGAACCCGCAGUUCGUGUUCGACAUCCACAAGAGCAGCAUCACGGACGCCUGCCUGUCAGUGGUGGCCCAGACAUUCAUGGACUCCUGCUCCACGUCGGAGCACAAGCUGGGCAAGGACUCGCCCUCCAACAAACUGCUCUACGCCAAGGACAUCCCCAACUACAAGAGCUGGGUGGAGAGGUACUAUGCUGACAUCGCCAAGAUGCCCGCCAUCAGCGACCAGGACAUGAGCGCCUACCUGGCCGAGCAGUCCCGGCUGCACCUGAGCCAGUUCAACAGCAUGAGCGCCCUGCACGAGAUCUACUCCUACAUCACCAAGUACAAGGAUGAGAUCCUGACGGCGCUGGAGAAGGAUGAGCAAGCGCGGCGGCAGCGGCUCCGAGGCAAGCUGGAGCAGGUGGUGGACACGAUGGCGCUGAGCAGCUGAGACACCCGCCGCCACCGCCCAGCGGGAGUUGAGCGAGAGGGCCCGCGGGGGCGGCCUCCGUCCGGCAGCCCGAGCUGGGAGGCCCCGGAGGCAGCCUCGCCCCAACUGUGCCUAGUGCCAGGGCGCUCGGGGCCGGGCGUGCGGUCCAGCGUCCUCCCGGCCCUCCCCCUCGUCUUCCUGCCUAGCGGGGGGGGGUCCCAGUUCUUCUCGGUGUGGGUGACAGUGCCUGCAGCACCUCCCAUGCCCGGAGCUGCUCACCACAGGGCGGGGCGGGGGGGGAGCCCGGGUGUGACCAGCGGCUUCUCGGGAGGAGAGGGUGACCGCCGAGGACCUGGGGGGUAAGGCUGGAGCCCUCCGGGAAAGGGCAGUCUGAUCCGUCUGCUUGAGGCUGUGCUGCCGAGGUCAGAAGGCCAGGACGAGGGGCUGGGGGGCGCCAGUCGUUCCCGGCGUCCUGGGCAGAGUAAGGUCCGGGCCCCGCAGCCCUGCGGGAGGCCGAAUGCCCAGGGCCCAGCCAAGGAGAGCUGAAGUCGGUCCACCUGCCACUGCCCGCCUGCCGCGUCUGGCACCCCCACGCUCGCUGCUGCCCCUCCGCCACCAUCCUCCGAUUCACCGCGUGCUCGCCGCGGCCGAGGCCGGAGCGCCACGUCAACCUCGCCCAGACAGGCCCCAGCUCCCUCCUAUGGAGGGGCUGCAGAACGGUUUGCUCAACGCCCCCACGGGACUUCCAGAAGGACUCGGUGACUCCUUUCUUGUCCUCAGGGCUGUGCCUCUGGGAGCCACUGGGGCUCCAGGAUGAGCGCACAUCCCCGUUAUUUAUUCCCCACAGCGCCGCUCCUGGCACCAGCCCCUGGGUGGGCUGUGCUCUCCAGCCACGCGGGGCUUGGGAGCAGCCCCCGGCCACCCUCCUCCCUCGUCCUCCCUCUGUGUCCCCUGCUCUCCACGUCCACCUGCAGCGGCUUCCGGUCCGGCAUCUCUGCAUCGUGCCCGCUCCUCACGAGUGGUGGGACAUCUGGAGGACUUGGUUUUUUUAGGAGAACACUCUGGGUGGGCAGCCGAGGCUGUGGCAGGACCCCUGGGAGUAGGACGCAGUGACCAGAGGGCCUGGAGGUCGGCUCUGCCCAUCCUGCCCUCAGUGAGCAAGAAAGAACACAUUUUUAAUUAAAAGAACUCUGUACAUAUAUAUAUAUAUAUGUGGCUCUAGCCUCAGUCUCCAGCCCCAGUGGGGUCCUGUAUAGUUAACUGGAGAAGGAGAAAUUUUACAGUGUAGAAUAAGGAAAUUAAGGCGGUGGGAAAGCAAUACCAAAUGGUCGUGGAGGAAGUGGCCAUGGCUUCCCCGAGUGGAGCGCCCCCAAGGCCUCUGCCCCUCGACCUGCGGGUCAUCCUGUUUCGUUUUGAUGUACAAAGGAGAGAACUUCUCGCUGGCCCCUCGAGAGCGUCCAGGGCGCGGGGCCGUGGAUUCCUGCAUGACCGUGCUAGCGUUUAGUCUGACUUGAUCUUUUUAAAACUGCAAGUGUUGAAUACUAGAGGUUGUUAGACCCCUUUUUUUAUGUUUUUUAAUUAAUCAGUCACUUGUGAGAACAAACAAACGGCCCGGUCCCUUUUCAAGUUCACUUUUUCGACGGUACUCAAGAUUCCCACGACUUUAAGGGACAGCUAACUGUGGCCCAUGGGCUGCCCGUCUUGGGGUCCCCCUUCUUAAGCAGCGUGAGCCACACCCUGGAGAUCAGGUCAGGGGCCGCUUCCUCCUGGGGGGGGGUCACUCUAUGAAGUCCGAGCGCUCCUGGCACAGGAAGCUCCUGGAACGGGCCAGACGGGGGUUCCACAGGCACCUGGCAGGGCUCGGGCCUCCCGCUGCUGUGGGUGCCCCGCUGGAGCUCAGGCCGGCCCCCAUUCCCAGCACAGCCCUUGUGGACUCUUCCCUGGGAGCCAAGCUGAGCCUGGUCUGGCUGAGAUCUGACUGCCUUGGCCUGGAUUCUCGUUCCUGGGUGCACCCCUGCCUCCCCUCUGAUGUUGCCUCCCCCCGUGCUUGGGGGAAGUCUCCGUUCCCCCCGAAAGUCUUCCCAGGGUGCCAGCUUCUAUGUGAAGCCCCUGUUCUUCCAGUUCCCUGAGGGUCAGGUUGGGGCUCCUUGGCCCCUGUGCCCCUCCUCUUCAGAAUCCAGUUCUGGCUCCUUUCUCUGCCCUCCCUGGUCCCCACAGAGCUCAGCCCCCUGUGCCUGCCUCGGCAAGGCGACAGGUUCCAGGGCGUGGCCCUCCCGGUGCCCUCGUCACCUGUACGGUGGGCGGGCAGGGCAGUGGUGGCAGAGGGAGACCAAGCACUUUAGCAGUACCUGUUUACAUGCGAGCCCGUGGAGCUGGUCCUCAGCCUGCCUCACCCCUGCAAGUCCUGUAGCUUCCUUCCAGCUGGGUCAUGCAUUUAGGCCCCGCCGCCUCCUUGUCACUACUUCCCACGGCCGUCCCAACUCUGUAGCACCCCACUGGCACCUCUGUGCACCCUCCUGUCAGGGGCUCCCACCCCAAGCUCCGGCACUGGCACGGGGGCCUGGCAGGAGCCCGCAAUUGUAGCCCUGCUCUGCGCGGUGAGGGUGGGCGCCAUUGUCCCAAAGGCCCCUCUGCCGCCCCAGGGCUUGGGGGAAUCCAGGCUUCGGUGUGGGAUACAAGGGCUCCCGGCCUGUCCCAGACACUGCUGCUAUUGCCUGCCCUGCUACAGGCCACUCCUCCCCACCCCCUGCCCGGCCUUCCCCAGGCCUUCCCCAGCCUUCCCUGCCCUUCCCCGAUCCGCACGGACUCAGGAGUGCCCCCAGACAGCUCACACCUCGGUCUGGGAGCCUGGUCUCUCCAUAUACCUCGAGCUUCCCUGUACUCCCUGACCCAGGGCCCAAGGAGCCGGGGCUGGGGGCUGAGGAAGAGGGACCUGGGGUGCCCCAGAUGGAGGGCCCCAAACAUCCCUCCCACCCUCCCUGGUUUGGCCUUGCUGAGUGUACCCCCACCCCGGUUCCCCAGUUCUAGAUCUGAUGGCUCACGUCGUUGGUGCUACACAAGCUAGAAUAGAUGUAUUUAGAGAGAGAGAAAGAUAUUUUUAAGACGAAGCCCACAAUUAGCUGUCCUUUAACACCACAGAGCCCCCACCCAAAAGAAGAGUGAUCACUCGGCUGGCCUGAGCCGCCCGCCCAGCCGCCUCUGUCCGGCAGGAGCAGUGUGGCUGCCGGGGCGCUCGGCCCGCGGAUCGUGUAAAUAUACGGCUAUUUCCUAUUUUACUGUUCCUCAGAUUUAGUACUUGUAAAUACACACACACAUUAAGGAGAGAUUAAACAUUUUUGCUAAA